AUGCGGGGCUUGAAAUCAGCAGCAGCAGCUCUAUUAAUGAGAAGCUGCAGCAACAAUAAUAAAUCCAAGCCUUCUCAUAGCUCUCUCACAUAUCUCCAACAACACAGCAGAACCUUUUCUUCUUCUUCUCUUCCAAAUGAAGAUGAUCUCGAAAACCAAGGUGCUAGAUUGUUAAAAUUGUAUAAAGCUUGGGAGAAUGAUUCAAAUAUUGGGUUUGUGUCAUUAAAGGGCAGUGGCAGGGCAUUUUCUGCUGGUGGAGAUAUUAUUAAUCUCUAUCACCUAAUAAACCAGGGAAAAUGGGAAGAGUGUAGGAAAUUUUUUGGGACUUUAUACACAUUUAUAUACCUCUUAGGUGAUCAGUAUAAUUACACUGGUGGAGUGAUAAUUUCCUUGCAGGUGGCUAUUUUGAAUGGCAUUACUAUGGGUGGUGGGACUGGAGUUUCAAUCCCCGGAACAUUUCGACUUGCGACUAAUAAAACUGUUUUUGCAACCCCUGAAACUCUGAUCGGAUUCCACCCUGAUGCUGGAGCGUCCUUCUUCCUUUCACAUCUACCUGGUCACUUAGGCGAGUACUUGGCUUUAACCGGAGAGACCCUUAAUGGAGCAGAAAUGAUUGCUUGUGGCCUAGCUACACACUACACGCAUAGUGAAAAACUUCAUUUAGUUGAACAUCAUCUUGGGGAAUUGGUCACUGAUGAUCCUUCUGUCAUUGAAAGUUCUUUAGAACAAUAUAAUGACCUUGUCUCUCUGGAUAAAAUGAGUGAAAGGGAAGCUGCUGAAACAAAUGAUCCAUGGUGCAAUUCUACACUAAGGAGACUUAAAGAAGCAUCACCAUUGAGCUUGAAGGUUGCCUUGAGAUCUAUACAAGUGGGUAGAUUUCAGACACUUGAUCAGUGCUUGGUCCGUGAAUAUCGAAUGAGCCUACAGGGAAUAUCCAAGCAAAUCUCUGGUGAUUUUUGUGAGGGGGUUCGGGCAAGAAUGGUGGACAAGGACUUGGCACCAAAGAAUGUAGCUCUAAGAGUGUAUUACAGUACUAGAUCGUGGAAUCCUCCAAUCUUGGAACAAGUGACUGAAGACAUGGUGGAUCGCUAUUUCUCUCCUCUUAGUGAAUCCGAACCUGACCUAGACCUUCCAACAAAACAGCGAGAAGCAUUUACAUAG